AUGGCAACGGACGAACGGAAGUCUUUGUCGAACUGUGUGAUAACCGUACUGCGUGACCUUUGUCCAGCGUGGAGACUUCUUCCUGCCGUCAAAUAUGUUUCUUCCUCAUCACUGAGAGGCUGGCGAGUGUUCGUUCCUCGGCUCGUCCACGCGGGACAAGAUGCAAGGGUCUCCGGCCAGGAGAAGUCGGGUGUUCCUUGCGCUUGGGUGUCUAAUGAUGGUGGCACUGGAUGGGAUUAUGAAGGCCCUGAAGGUCCCGAGGAAUGGCCUGCGCUUUACCCGCAGUGUGGUGGCCGCUUGCAGUCGCCUAUCGACAUCAACACCUCGGGCAUCCUGUACGAUCCCUCCCUUCAGCCCUUUGACCUCAACAAGUAUGGCGUGUACGAUGGCGCGCAAAUGAACCUCAGCAACGUUGGGGGUCACACAGCGGAGGUCAAAUAUUCAGGUACCCCGAUCAUUAUUUCGGGGGGCAGUCUUCCUGACGAUUACGUACUCGACCAGUUCCACUUCCACUGGGGCGAGAAGGACGACGAGGGCUCGGAACACACUCUCGACAAACACCGAGCGCCCAUGGAGCUUCACAUCGUCCAUCACAUGCACCACUACAACAGUUCUGAAGCCAUUUCGCAUCCUUACGGACUGGCUGUCCUCGCUUUCUUCUUCGAGAUCGGAGAGGAGAACGAAAACUUCAAGCAGCUCCUUGACUACUUUCCACAGAUCAUUCACAAAGACCAAGAAGUGCACAUAACUCCAUUUCCUCUCUCGAAAUUGCUGCCAAAGGGCUCUACAACAUACUACAGGUACUUCGGCAGCCUCACCACCCCGCCUUGCUACGAAACAGUUAUUUGGACCUUGUUCAAGGACCGCAUACAAAUCUCCGAGGAUCAGAUCAACAAAUUCAGAAACCUGACUACCGUACGAGAAGAUGGCAACGGCACGAAGGAAGUCAAAAUCGGCCGCGACUUCCGGCCUAUUCAAGAGCUGCACGAGCGGCGUGUGUACUCCAAUGACGUCAGCAUCCAAGUCUGCGCCACGUCGAAGGGUACCCGUGACAGACUCACGUUGGCGGCCGUUGUGACGUCAGCAUUGCUGUUGGUCCUGACUUUGUGCUAGGCCUCACGCAGAAUGCCUAUGACAUCAUAAAGGCUAUCUUCUGUUUGCAAAGUAGAGACUUCAGAUCCUGAGGUUGAUAUUUCAUUGUAAACUGUGAUAAGGGUACGUGCAUACACAGUUAUGUAUAGUUAUAUAUAGUUAGUCUGAUAGUGCAUAACCAAAGAACAGGAACGGUCAGACAAAAAGUUGACCUAGGUUAGACCUUAUUUAUAAUGAGAUCUUAGAAUAUAUAUAUAAUCUGACUUAUUAAUUACUAAAAAGAAUUUUCCACCCAAAAGAGAAAUCAGUCUCCAUCUUUGUACAUGAUAUAAUCUAAUUGUCUCUCAUGUUUUAUUGUAGUGUCUUUGUUUUGCUGUAACCUAGAGCUUGAGUUGUUUCUUUUUAAAUAGAAGGUUAGAUUUUCUAAAAGCAAAACUUUUUCGUCAAUAAAGAUUUCUCUCUCCUCUCUCUCUCUCUCUCUCUCUCUCACACACACACACAUGUCUUUUCAAAUUUAGAUUUUUCUUCUGUUCCUCUUUAGAUAUACAUGUAUAUUUUUUUGACAAAAAACAUCAUACAUGAAAAUGGGGGAAAAUAUUGUAUUGGUGCAAAUUAGAUAAUCGUCUCAGAAUCGCAGCUUGCAUACUAAAGCUGGUAUUCCAGAGCCAGGAAGAUAAUCUCUAAAAUCUCCAGAUUUUAUAAAUAAUGUUCGUACUUUGUACUUUGUAUGUUAUAUCAAAGACUAUAUAUAAUAAUAUAUCAUCUUUCAUUAUACGUAGCUGAGUCAUGGCAAGUCCAUUGGUUUCCAUUCAUCGCUCUGAGACCUGGUGUCAAUGUUUUUGCAAAGAACUAAAUUUCAUUAGAGGACACUGUAUUGUUAUCAUCGGUUUCCUUUGUCCUCGUGUGUGUCUGUCCUCCUGGUCUGUCGUUAUGCCCUUUGUGCUAUAUAUUGACCUGAGUUGGACUGGAAGUCUGUUUACAUUGCACGCCGCUGUCUAUCACACUCCUGAUGUAAAUAUAUACCUGUCCUUGGUGUCCUUGUUGACUCUCCAUGAUUCUCUCAAUGUCUCCCCGGUACAGCGACCUGCGGCUGUUCUCUAAAGUGUUAUUUAUUUAUUUUGUGGGCUCCGCACGAAGGCUAAUGUUUCAACAAGCAAGAGUCGUUCUGUUUGUUGUUAAGAUUUUUUAUGUACAGUUAUACUUUGUGGAAAAUUUGACAAAAACGAGAUUUAUUUUUCUGAGAAAAGGUCACGAAAAACGGAAGUACCAAUAUAUUCAUAAUUUAUUUAUUCGGCGUUUAGUUUAUACUACUAAUCUAUGAAUAAAUAUAUAUAUUUUUAAA